GGAUUUAAAUUUUGAAAUCCCGUGUACAACAUAGUCAAAUACUACUACUACUACUUCUUCCCCCUUUCAUCCAUUUUCAUUCAACACCAUUUUUCUCUCUCUCUCCUUCUCCUCCAAGUUCUCUCCUUCAAUCUCUUCUAAAGCUUCAACAAUGGCGACGCCGCAGAACUCCGUCGACGACGCAUCUCCUACUGUCGACGAUGCUCCUCCUGUUGAUUCCGCCAUUGAUUACAUUUCUUCCGAGGAUCUCAAGCCCUUAUCUGAACCCGAUACUCAGAUUCAGGAUUUGAUUGAGGGUUUGAAUUCAAAGGAUUGGGUUAAGGUUUGUGAAUCACUGAAUGAUACUAGGAGACUUGCUCUUCAUCACUCUACUCUUUUGCUUCCGUUGUUAGAGCCGGUUAUGGUGGUGCUGGUGAAGGCUAUGAAGAAUCCAAGAAGUGCUUUGUGCAAGACAUCUAUUAUGGCUGCUGGAGAUAUCUUCGCUGUGUAUGGUGAUAAGCUCCUGGAACCUACUUUAUCUGGUGGCUUUGAUAAUUUGCUGCUGCAACUAUUGCUGAAAUCAUCUCAAGAUAAGCGUUUUGUGUGUGAAGAAGCAGACAAGACCUUGAAUACUAUGGUCCAGUCUCUUACUCCUCUACCUUUGCUCCAUAAUCUUCAGAAAUAUGCCCGCCAUUUCAAUCCUAAAGUUAGGGCUAAAGCUGCCAUUUCCAUCUCCAGUUGUGUCUCGAGAAUGAAUUUUGAAGAUUUACAGGAAUUUGGGUUGGUUUCACUGGUUCAAGUGGCUGCUAAUUUGCUAAAUGACAGGCUUCCAGAAGCAAGAGAAGCUGCAAGAAGUAUUACCAUGUCGGUGUACAAGUCAUUUACUGAAAAUGAAGAUCAAAAGCAAGAGGCAUGGCAGAAUUUUUGCGAGUCUAAUCUUCCAGCACUUCAUGGUCAAUCCAUAAUCAAAAUCACGACAACUAAUUAGGCCUGUAGCUGCAGCAGGCAGCACCAGCUGUGUACAUAAAGUACCUUUGAUCUUCUCUGAAGAUGCCUUUUGAAAAUUUAGGUCCUCAUCACUUCAUAUCUGUGAGCUUUUAGCUGACAUUACGCUGUAUCACGUGCUUGCUUCGUCAUUUGUGCAAAUUGUGUUUGCUUCUUCGUUCUUACAAUGGAAAUUAGCUCCAUAUCUUGUUUCAAAUCAAACAUAAUUGAGUUUCUGUCUUCUUAAGGCGAUUGUGGUCGUCUUAUCUUGUAAACCCAGAUGCUGGCAUGGUGGUCUUUUUGGAUGUCCAUCUUCUUUCUAGGCAUUGCUAUAUACUCUUUUCCAUUUCAUGAUGGGGAUAUACAUGGUUUUUGAGGUUGAAGUUUCA